AUGCGUGUGAAAACCAAAUCAACACAGAGCCGUUCGAUUGGUCAAUGGUGUGAAGAUUUCGGCUUGAAUUUGGAUCGAAGGAUUUCUUCCUCGAAGAAAUUUCUGUACAAUCAACGACGAGGGGAAAUUUGUGGACGGAGCGGCAAACAAUGGAGCAGAUUAUCAGCUUUCUAUUUCUUCUUUUUCAUUACACUUGCUGCUUUCUUUUGUUUAUAUUUAUCUAUCUACAUGUCAUUUUUACCAUUAAAUCAGCCAAGAUAUAUAGGCAAAGCGAGUCGACUGACAACGCGGGCGAAUCCGCUUUCUCCAGGACUUAGUUUUCGACCACAACCGGAAUUUAAUCCAAAAGAAACGCAUACUGUGAUCAGAUUCACAGUAAAUGAAAUAGUCAAUCGAGGAAAACGAUCAACUAACGAGGAUUAUGAAAGUUAUGUGAAGAAUUUGGAUGAAUUUUUGAAUUUAUAUUACAGCUUAUCGACAUCGACAAAUUUUACGAUCAAUGAUGUAGGCGAUUGUCAUUCAGAGAAACAGUAUGGUUUCAAGCAUGGUCAACCAUGUUUUUUGAUUAAAAUGAAUAAAAUUAUUGGUUUUAUUCCUGAAAUUGGCAGAACGAAUCUUGAUAGAGAACAUCAACCAGCAUGUACAAAUAUUCCUAAUAUACCGGUUCGAUGCCAAGGCGAAAAAGAAUCAGAUCGGAAGAAACUUGGUAAUAUAAUGUACUACAGUGAAUCUGGUUCGAGUGAUUUGUGUGGUACAAUCGAUGUUAAACAUUUUCCUUACAAUGGAAAAGUCAAUCGAAAAGAUGUAUAUCAAGUUCCAUAUGUUUGGGUACAAUUUGUCAAUCUUACAGCGAAUGUUUUACUCACAAUUGAAUGUCGUGUCUAUGGUGCGAACAUUUUCUAUGAUAAAAUAGCUCAACGCGCGAGCGUACGCUUUCAAUUGUAUCUGAAUAAAAAUUCUUCCUAA